GGAUCCGAUUACGAUUUCAGAAUUAAUUUGGAUCCAAGACAAGAUGUCGUCGACGGUCUCGACGCGACCGUCUUCACCGAAACUCGGCGAGCGCGACGACGUCAACGGGCUGGAGAGCUGGGACGAUCCUAUUCCCAGACGGUCGCAGUGGACCGUCCAGGACCUCUGCGAUGCGUUCGUCGCCGCCUCCAAGCACCAGCUCAGCCUAAUCCCCCAGCCGCCGCCCCGCGAGGAGCGCGCCCGGCUGAGGCAGGAGCGCGAGCGCAGCUUCCUGCUCAACGUCGCGCUCCGCAAGUACGCCACACAAAACAACGUACAGCAUAGCGAGUUACAACUCGUGGAAGUGAAAGCUAGGAACUAUGUCUUUGAAUGCCCAAGAUCCUACUUGCACUACAACAUUCUGGUGAGAUGCCCAGAUGGCACGCACACCAUGUUCUUCGCCGAGGUGGACCCUGAACGCGCUGGAGAGGAGGAUGUUCAUCUCUGCACCCCUCUGCAAGACACCGACAACAAUGGCUCCUGUUUCAGUUGCAAACACCGAGCCAGGGGCCUUAUGCAUCCCACCGGCGCUGGCUACUUGGGCGGGCACAUGGAAACCAAUUUCCUUGACUUUGAGCUUCCAGAUAGCAGUGAUGAUGAAUAUAUCUGAAUCUACAAACCUCCCUCUUGGCUGAAUAUUAGUCUGUGUAAUAAAGUCAGCUAUCUCCUCGGGAGUGGAGUUUGGUUUUUGGAUUGCUGUCACCGUGGAUGUAUUUUAUUUUAUUUUCAUUUAAAUGCUAUGUUUAGCAUAUAAUUUCAA